GAGCUCCGGAGCAUCCCAGCCUCGAGAUCACCGACCGCGCCAUGCCGCAAACAACGCACCCAAAAGUGAAGUCUCUCGGUCUCCCCGACAACUCCAAAGUCAUCCUGUCGACGCACCCAGUACUAGCGCACAAGCUGACGAAACUGCGUGAUGCCAAGACUGACGCGAACUUGUUCCGUCAUCUCCUGCGUGAAAUCACGUUUUAUCUUGGAUAUGAAGCGACAAGCGACCUCUCCACGGUUCCGAAACAAAUCAAGACACCAUUGGGACCUCACCAAGGAUCAGAACUCGCAACAACAGUUGCCUUGGUUCCUAUCCUUCGUGCCGGUUUGGGUAUGGUGGAAGCUAUGCUCGACUUGCUUCCAAAUGCACGAGUGCAUCAUAUUGGCAUGUACCGCAACAGCAAUUCGUUGCUCCCUGUGCAAUACUACAACAAGCUGCCCAAGGAAUGCCACAUCGACUGCGCCAUUGUGUUGGAGCCUGUUAUCAACACUGCUGGGACAAUCAUUGCAACGGUGGCUAUCCUUAAGGUCUGGGGCGUUUCCCAAAUCAAGAUCAUCAGCACCAUCGCGUCGAAGGAUGGUCUGAAGGACCUCUACUCGAAGCACCCGGAAGUCGAAGUGAUUGUUGCUGCGAUCGAUGACACGCUUUCGGAAUCAGGAGUGAUUGUUCCUGGUCUCGGGGAUGCUGGGGACCGUCAAUUCGACACGGACGUGCAUCAUAUUCCAGGUGGUGCAGGCAGCAUCAAGCGAAAGCACUCGGACGAGUAGGUUGAUGCCAACUAUAAUGGAACGACUUCGGAA